AAUCACUCAUAGACGAAUGGAUUUUGGUGUUGCUCGCGCACUGGCGAGAAGAAUAGAAUAGAGGCACAGUCAGUUCUUUCGUUCGUAUUUGGGUUUAAUACACUUCAUUUGUAUGUACAGAAGGAAAAAAAAAACGAAAUAAAUAAAAAAAGAACGAAUUUGGCACACCAAAAACGAACAUACAGAAGAAGAAGAUAUUAAAACCAAUACCAAAAACCUCUCUCAUCGUCGUCGUUCAACACAACGCGAAAACAUAGAGAAAACACAAAGCAAAGGAAAAAAAGUACUAGCUAAAGUGAAAAAAAGGACUGGAGCAUACAGAAAGAAAACGGAAUCACACCGAAACUUCGAACAGAUUUCUGAACCGUGAGAGAGAGAGAGAGAGAGAGAGAGAGAGAGAGAAUAAGAAAUAACGAAAAAUAACGACGUCGCGACAAGAAAUUAAUAUAUAUCAGCACAACAACGAACUAAAUAGAUUCUCUAUCCAUUGCAUACUGUGUAGGAUAAUAAUAAUUAAAAGUGUACGUUUUUAUUUCUAAUUUCUCAUCUGCAUUUGUGCCAUUUAAAUCAUAACACACACAGUUUUUUUUUCUGUCGAUACGAACCAGCCAAAUUUAAUUCAAUGGACUCGUGUUGAUGAUGUGUUUUGGUUAUUCGACGAUUUCCUCGGUGCGUGCGAUUUUGUCAAAGUUCAUUGCGAUAGAUGUGCUUUUUGUGAUAAAACAACGGUGGCCAAGUGUGUAUUUUUGGACCGUUUUGUGAGUGGUGAUUUCGUGGGCAAAUUGUGACCAUUUUUGUCAAUUCAACGCAACCGAAAAAUGCGCUGAGUGAAUGAAGUGGUUGAACGAAAUAUUUUUAUUAUGUGAAAUGCUGAGGUUUCAGAUGCAAUGGCAAAAUGUUUGUGGCUACUUUUGAAGAAUUCGACCAAUUUCACGGUUGAUUUUGAGAAUUUUCGAGAGAAAUUACCGACAAUUGUGGGAAAAGGCAGAGUUUCUGGGCAAUAAUACCCAUUUGGAAGUACCAAACCUUGCACUUUGAUUGAGAAAAACAAAAACAAUUGUGCAAAAAUAUUAAAAAUUAAGGCCAAGAGCACCGAAAAACCGACUAAAAUAGGAAAUUUUUGGCCAAAAAUGGCCAAUUUUGAUCGAACAUGGUCAAUUUUCGGCUGAAAAUAAUAAAUUUUUGGCCAAAAAAGGCAAAUCGAUAACCAAAAAUAGCGAAAAAUGUACCAAAACAGCAGAACAACUUUCCGAAAACAGCACGAUUCAACCAUAACUAUAAGAGAUCUGCACAAAAAUACUCGUGUUUAAUGCAUAAAAGUGUCUUGUUCAUGAUUUUUGUGCAAAAUUUCAUCGAAAAUCUAAUGAGAUUUAAAGAAAUUUGCAUUGUUUUUCAAAAAAAUUGGUGAUUGAAUGUAAGAAAUUGUGAUUUAGUCCAAGAAAUGAUGAAUCUGCCUACAGAAACGGGCAAUUUACUCUGAAAAAUGAGCCAUUUACUCUGUCAAUUUAUCCGCCAAAAAAAAAACUGGUGCAAAAGCCUUCUCAUUGGCACUGUAAUAGUGAUGAAUUUUUUUUUCUCGCAAAAAUAAAACCUACUUGGCACAUGAAAUGUGAUUGAACAUUGUGGUUGCGGAGUGCGUGAUAGUCGAAAAUAAGGUUCGUGGGAUCGUGGUGUAUGUGUUUAACGAGAGUGGUUUUGAUGUGUCAACAUUAGAAUGUCCAAGAUGAUUAUAUCUAAUUCUCAUGAAGUCAAACCGAUAAGCCCGACGAAAAUGAUGCAAAAAAAAACGGAGUGCGAAAGAGCGAGAGAGAAAAAGGUUGCAGUUUUAUCGCCCAGGACCAUAUAAGUGGGAUAGCAUGAAUGUGUGUGUUGUUGUUGUUUUGCAAAUGAGUGUUUCGUGUGGCAAGAAAAAAGAGUGUAUGCAUGCAUCCCAUAGCAUGGCGAGAGAACAAAGCAAAAACAUUCGACAAGAAGGGACGGAAAGUCUAUUGGGCAGCAAACAAGUCAUAUAAUUUUUUUUUAUUCGCUGCUGCUGCUGCUGCUAGCUACAACUAGCUCCUUCCGUAUCAAAUCCUCGUUUUGCACAAUUUACACUGUACAUGAGUCAAGUGCCAUGUUGUUGUUGCUUUUUCUCGCUCUCAUCGUCGAUAUUAAUACAAAUUCAUGCAUAUUAGAGGCAGCGAGAAAAAAAAACGAACGGCAGCGAAAUAUAAUAUAUAUGUUUUUGUAUCCAUAGAGAGAAAGGAAGGAAAAAGCGAGCGACUCAAGUGCGUUAUUGUGUGUCAGCAGCCCAUUGUCGUGUAUGAUUCGUUCUCUUGCACCAAUACAAUCAGCUCACUUCUCGCUGUGUAUGCAUACAUAUACAAAUACACACCGAGAGAGAGAGAGACUCAUAAAUCCAAAAUAUACAUUGGUAUCGCGCGCGGCUCACACACUCACUCACACACACACACAUACACACAUGCAUAUGUUCCGUACACAUUUAUGUUCGCUUCAAUUAUCUCGCUCCCAAUUGUGAAAUGAAAAGUCAAUAAACUACCAACGUUCUUCUUUUUUCUUUCAUUUUUUUUCUCUUCUUUCGCCUUCUGUCUCUCCCUCUCUCUUCCACGGCUCACGCAUGCUGAAGCAUAGAUCCAAUGAAUCGUCUACUCUGCAUAAUAACAAUUAAACAUUUCAUUCUAUGAGCUGUUAUUGUUGAUUUUGUUCUGUGUGUUUUUCUUUUUGGAGAGGCCUAUGCGUUUCGGCCCAACUAUUCCGUCGUCGACAGUUUUGUUUGUUUUCAUUUUUCUUUUGCUGUGACUGACUCUCAGGAAACACUAUCAAAACAAGAGAAAAGAAAAAAAAAAUGAGAAGAGAAAGAGAUCGUCGUCGUCUGCCCUGCAUCGUUUUUAUGGUUCACUUGCGACUACUUUAACGAUCGAAUGGCUUUGUUUUUAACGAGCUAACGAAUCAAUUCGUUCUUCUUACUCGUCGAAAUAGAGACUCUAUUUGGUCGGAGAGAACAUUCGGUUCUGAAUGAAUCAGAGAGAGGGAGAACGGAUCACAUUCUUCUUUAUCAUCAUUCUCAUUCGCAGCUACACACAUUCCUAUAAACUAUUCCAAUGCAUUUUGCACUCUUUUAUCUCUAUACACACUCACUCACUCUCUCUCUCUCUCUCUCUCUCUCUCUCUCUACUGGCAAACGAACUGUUGCCAAAGGAGGUUGCAAAAUUUCACUGCCAAAUUAUUUCGGGGUUAUUGUUUUCUUUGCGCUGUUUGCACUGUUCGCAACGAUACUUUUUUGCCUUGCUUAAUGAAUGAGAGCUGAACGAAUAAAUCCGUAAAUAGCAAGAAAACGACAAAAACAGAUUCGAAGAAGAAACCGAGAAAAAAAAACACCGAGAGAAAGAGAACGAAACACCGUAAGAGAGAAAAAGAGACCGUGGUAGAGAUCGAGUGAGUGAAUGAGUGCAAGAUUUAAAAGUGGAACCCGAAAACAAACAACAAAUGUGAAAUGUUGGUUUUUGGAAAUUCUGGGUUAUAUAGUUCAUGCGGAAAUCAGAUCUAAUUGGCAACGCUCAGUUUAGUUGCUGGCAAACGGCAACCAAUUCAACAUUUUACAGCGACGUAAUUCGUCUAAUGAAUUUUUAAUUUCGUUGAUUGCGAGUUUAUCUUGAUGUAAAAAUCAGCAUUGUGUCUGUGUGAGUGCCUUUCGCACUAGCCAAAACAAUGGUACAUUCUUAGCGAAAAUUAUUAGAAUUCACCCACCUCCACCUCCCAAAAUGCACGUUUGCAUGCGUGUGUUCCACGUUGCUGAAACACUUGUUUUGGCUCAUUCCAGGGGUGUGCAAUUGCAACUACUGAGUCUGUGUCUGUGUGCGUGUGCUUGUGUAACUAUUUCAAUUUGAUUGUGUGUCAAGUGUUUUUCAGGGAGACAAUAUAUUUAUGUGUUUUGCGCGCGCUGCGUCCAAUUUUCGCGAACAAGUGCAAUGUGCACUUGGGUUUUUUUUCUUCCGUUGGUUGUUGGUUUUUUUUUUGGUGCUGUUACAGUAGCUCUUGUUUUUGCUGUUACCGCCGUUAUUUUUGUUGUUGUACACGGUCGUUUUAGUUUUGCAAUGACAUUGGUGACAUUAAAUGACCGAUUCUCGAUGGUAUUUCUAGCUUGGCUGUCUCUCUCUCUCUCUCUCUUUGUGUCAUGCAAUGAGUAUGUGUGACAAAUUUUGCGGGCAAUUUAUGCAAAAUCAAUAAAUCGGCAUGAAAGUGUCUCUCUGUUGGCAGGCCCAAAUAAACGAGUAUAUCUAUUCCCAUAUACUCUCUAUAGGAGAGUAUCACAUUUUGCGGAAAAUGACAUUCAAAAACAACAGCCAAAUCCAUUAGUCACUAAGCUCAUGGCCAAUUCCGGUCAUAAUGGUUUUCUUUUUCCUUCAGCGGCCGAAUGCCGCCGCCGCCAUCGCCACCGCAAUCACAAUUUUUUAACUCAAGAAAAUAACAUUGUGCCGAUUUUUUAUUUUUGGUUUUUGUCGUUCGACUUCGUGAAGGUUUCAGCAGUGAACAAUUGAACUGACAAAUUGCACGUUUUCAAAUCGGUUUCGCGGUGAAAUGACGAGUCAACCGAAGCAUGACCAAAACACACAUUUCACUUGGAUGAACAAAAAUGUCAUUCGUUUUAAUUAUAUAUAAAAAAAAAAAAAAUAUUGUGAUUUCUGAAGUUGAACUUUCGAAAAGAAGACAAAGAGAGAUCUGAAUUUUUAAUCCACUUUUCGAGCGAAAAAAAAAAACAAUUGUUCAGAAUGCAUUUGUGUGUGGAAUUUUGGCGAAAUAAAUCGAGGAUGGUGUGAUGCCACACAUUCGACAGCUAUAGGCCCACGCAAAGAGAUCGUGCGCGCGAGUGAGAGUGUUGCUGUUGCACCACUUGUGUUUUUUCGGUUGAUUUUUUUUUUCUCUUUCGUUUAUUUUUUUCUCGUUUCUUCUUCAUUUCUCUGUCUCGCUCUCUGGAACCACUACCAACUGCAGUGAUUCCAAUUGACACACAACCGGAGUGUACAUAAUCAAUUAAUCGAUAAACAGAAUCCAUCGCAGUCGAUUGCGAUUUUUUUUGUUUUUUUUUGUUUGGGUUUUGCGUUCAUUUUUCCAUUCUUGGGUUUGUUUUCCGCCGUCUGUUUUCGGUUCGAGUUUAUAAAAAAAAAACAACAAUAACGCAAAACAAUAGGCAAACCCGCAUCGACAGACACAGAACAAUAACAACAAAUUAACCAGAAUGUGACAGAACAGAUUCAAUUUGAUUGAAUGAUCGGAAAAACGACGACGACGACGACUACGACUUCGACGACGACGACGACGCCGCCGAUAACAACUAUUUCACAUGAAUACAAAGAAGCCAGAAGAAAUCCACAACCGGUCGAAGAACCAUACGCAUUUCUUCUCGCAACAGAGCAUUUUUAUCGCAAUCUAAGGCGACACAACACACAUGACGAUUUUCGAAAUAGUUCGAUUGAUUUAUUGAUCUCGAUAGCCAUUAAAUGUAACAUCAUUACCUAAUCUAAACAAACAAAAUCAACACACACACACACAACAACAACAACAAAUUAUAAACAAUUGUAAUCGUAAACGUAAGGAAUUAAAAAAAAAACGGAGAGAAAACCCACACACAGAUAGCAACCCACAUACCAUAAAACGAAGAAAUCAUAAGCAAACGACGAAGAAGAAAUCUGCUUCACGUUUCGCGCAGCGUCUCAUCUCUCUCUAUCUAUCUAACUCAAGUACAUCUUGCAACAUUGGGCUGUAAUAAAUAAAAUGGUUGGCAGUGCAAAAUCUGAACAACAAAAGCUUCCACAACAAUAUUUACCAUUCGUAUUAGGCACAGAAACCGCGUUGAAUUCAUCCAUCACUAACAAUCAAGGCCAUCAGCCACUUCAGCAGCCACAAUCACUGCAACAGCCAAAAGAAGCACCAACCAAAUGGACUGCAGCAACAACAGUGGCAGAAACAACGAUGACUGCAUCGGCGGUGGGCACCACCACCACCACAACCACAUCAACUUCCAGUGCACAAGAGCAAACGAAAACAUCAAAAGCAAACAUAACAACGCAAGCCUCAUCACUUGUAUCACCGACACCCAUUAGUUUAAACAACACCAAUAGCAACAUCACAUCGGCUUUGCAACAGAGCCAUCGCAGCAUCAUCACAUCAAGCCAAAUGAAAUGUAUCAGUGAUGAAAAGCCAAAACCAUUGGUUGCGUCGCCAACACAAGUGAUGAUAUUGUAUAUGAAUCGACUAACGCCAUACGAACACCAUGAAAUAUUCAAGUAUCCGCAAAUCUACUUUAUUGGUGCGAAUGCAAAAAAGCGACCGGGAAUUGUUGGACCAAACAAUUCCGACUAUGACAACGAGCAAGGUUCAUACAUCCAUACACCGCACGAUCACAUUGCCUAUCGCUACGAAGUGUUGAAAAUCAUAGGCAAGGGAUCAUUUGGCCAGGUGGUUAAGGCCUACGAUCACAAAACGCACGAGCAUGUGGCCCUGAAAAUGGUACGCAACGAAAAGCGAUUUCAUCGCCAGGCACAAGAGGAGAUUCGCAUUUUAUCGCAUUUGCGUAAACACGAUAAGGAUAAUUCAAUGAAUAUUAUUCAUAUGUAUGAUUAUUUCACAUUUCGUAAUCAUAUGUGCAUCACGUUCGAGCUGCUCUACAUCAAUUUAUAUGAAUUAAUCAAAAAGAAUAAAUUUCAAGGGUUUAGUUUACAAUUAGUACGAAAAUUCGCACAUUCGCUGCUGCAAUGCUUGGAUGCGUUAGCUAAAAAUAAAAUUAUUCAUUGUGAUAUGAAGCCGGAAAAUGUUUUGCUGAAGCAACAAGGCCGAUCUGGCAUCAAGGUGAUCGACUUCGGAUCGUCAUGCUAUGAGAAUCAACGCGUCUAUACUUAUAUACAGUCGCGUUUUUAUCGAGCGCCCGAGGUAAUACUCGGCGGUAAAUACGGAAUGCCCAUCGAUAUGUGGAGUUUAGGCUGUAUAUUAGCUGAAUUACUGACGGGAUACGCAUUAUUCCCGGGCGAAGAUGAGAACGAUCAAUUGGCAACGAUCAUUGAACUGUUGGGUAUGCCACCACAAAAAUUGCUGGACCAAUCGAAACGAACGAAAAAUUUCUUCUCGGCCAAGGGUUAUCCGCGGUACUGUUCCGUUGAGACGCUCGACGAUGGUCGUGUGAUUUUGGGUGCGGGCACAUCGCGUCAAGGCAAAGAACGUGGACCGCCCGGUUCGAAAAGUUUACGAAAAGCACUGAAAGGAUGCGAUGAUCCUUUGUUCAUGAACUUUUUAUGCGGUUGCCUUGAAUGGGAUCCCGAAUUUCGUAUGACACCGGCGGCUGCAUUGAAACAUUCAUGGUUUCGACGUCGAUUGCCCAGACCGCCACCACAGCAAUGCAACAACACAUCGAAUGCCGGCUCGACUGAAUCAAAUACAGCAAUGCCGGCCAUCGCUGCUGCUGCGAUCAUAGUCGCAACACCAACCACCACCAUUACGAAAACAACAACGGCAGCCGUUGCGGUAGCAACAACAAACACAUCAACCACAACAACGAGAUCGAACAACAAAGAAUUAUCAAUCAGUGACGUUAGCCAAUCCGAAUCAAAUUUAGCUUCCUGUGCAGCAACUUCGUAGCAUUUUGUGUAGUGACAUUUCAAUAUCGAUGCAAUGCCGUCUCAAUCGUUCACACAACAUAAUCGUACACACUCAUUCACACGCACACACACAGACACAAGCACGGUAUUCAGCGAGCUCUGAAUUCACGUAACAUUUGCCAAACCAAAUACGAAGCAAAUUUAAUAUGAAGAAAAAUCGAGUCGAUUUUUGAAUUGUAACAGUCGCUAAUUUAAGCUUGAAACUUCGAUUUUGAAUCGAACGUUUGCACUUCUCCAGAGUGAGCCACAUAGACUUUCUUGAAUAAGCGACAUAUGUGUUUAAAAUAAUUGCUUCCAAAUUUCGAAAAUCUGGUAUUUUCAAAAGAAUGUGAAGCCCACUCGGGAUGAACUUGGAGCGUGAAAUUUAAAUUUGAAUUAACUUGGAAUUUUAGGCUUAAAAACAGAGCCGGCGACAGCAGAGGCGAGUGGUGAAAGUUGAGAUUUAUGCUUAAAAUCCAAGCUUAACCCAUUUGCUAUCGAACAUUUGAUUUCCCAUUCGAAAUGGUCGAGUUCGUAAAAUCUGGUAAAUACUAGGAAAUGGGUUCGAAUUGAAAUUUUCACGCUUCCAAAUUCAAGUUUAGUUCAAUUCCAAAUUCUCAUUGGGAUUUGAACUUGAAAUUUCGAGGAAUUCGAAAUAAUCCAAUUGAAAAAAUUUCUUUGGAGUUUCAUAAUUGGAUUUCGAGUGAAUUCGAUACGAAUUUUGACGUUCGACACGGGUUCCAGGCUUCAAGUUUAAAUGCGACAGAUCGAAGGCUUCGAUUUGAAGCUUGCAAAACAGAGAUUCUCAAUCGAAACGUAAUAACCGAUGAAAACUAAGGCAUUUAUUGACUAAAACUCAAUCUAAAUAUAACAAAACGAGAUAGUAAAAACGAUGUGGAGCUUAAAGUGUAGCUACUACACUGUGGCAUAUCGGUUGAAUUAACUUGCAUGUUGCAAUAUAUGGCUUAAUCAAAA